AUAGUGAUUACUUUGUGAAUCUGUUGAGUUCAUCGAUUUUUCUGUCAAAUCUUUACUUUAGGGAGAAAAGAUAUUUUACAUUCUUACUUUCUGCAGUAAUUAUCGAAAUUAAUUCAGCAUAAAGUCCUAAGGAAAUUAAGGGAAUGUAAUUUUAACAACAGUAUGAACUGACUAGCUUUUGGUUUACACAUUUCAAAAUAAUUGGUUAGCUGAAUAAAUACUCUUAUUUAGGUGAUUUUGAUUUCAAAAAGAUGAGUCGACUAUAUGACAAUUUUGAACCAACAGUGAUUGAUAAACAAUUAUUGAAUGAUGCUAUAUUUUCAUUAUUGGAAAAAGGAACUGUGAGCCAACUUGCUAAACAAGAUGGAAUCCGUUUUGAAAAUGUUAAACAUCUAAGAUUGGAUUAUAAAAAUAUUUUAAAAAUUGAUAAUCUGUGGGCAUUUAAGUUACUUGUUAAGUUACAACUUGAUAAUAAUAUUAUUGAACGAAUUGAAGGUAUUGAUCAUUUAAUUCACUUACGCUGGCUUGAUUUGUCAUUUAAUAAUAUCGAAAAAAUUGAAGGCUUACAAAAUUUGGUAAAUUUGGAAGAUUUGUCAUUGUACAGUAACCAUAUAACGUCAUUGGAAAAUAUGGAAAAUUUGAAAAAUUUACAAGUAUUUUCAGUUGGUAACAACUAUAUUACUGAAUUAUCAAAUAUAAAAUAUUUGCGACAAUUUCGUCAUUUACAAUCAUUAUGUUUACAUGGUAAUCCAGUGAAUGAAAAUGAUGACUACAAGUUGUAUAUUCAUGCUAUGUUACCUAAUUUGUGCUAUUUAGAUUAUCAAAGAACUGAUGAUCAACUUAAAUCUAAAGCUUAUGAAAAAUACCAACUAGAAAUUGACGAAAUUAUUAGUGAAGAAGAAACUCAAGCAAAAUCUGAUAAAGAACUUGCGGAAAAUCAAGCUAAAAUAGAAUUAUAUAAACAAGCAUUUAUUGAUGGUAUAGUUGAUGAAAAUAUUUUUCAAAAAUUAUAUACUGAUGAUCCUGAUGGCAGAGAGUUAUUGGUAGUCCCUGAAUUGUACAACAGUAUUGAAUUCUUCUCAGAAAAAUUUACACAUCAAUGUAAUUUAGUAUUUGAACUUGGCAUGAAAGAACUCGAUAAACGUAAUGAAGAAAUGGAAUUAUUUCGCAAUUGUAUUGAACAAGCAAAAAUGUCAAAUGCUGAGUUAAGUAAAAAGAAAAUAAAUGAAUUUAAAAUUUAUCAAGAAAAAAUAUUUAAGGAACUCCUCCAGAAUACUGAUGUGAUUAAAGUCGAAGAUGAUAUUUUAGUUUACAAUGAAAAUGUACAACAAUUAUGGAAUGAAUUAAUGCGCAAUGAAUCAGUCUUAGUUGAACAAAUUGAAGAAUUAAUUAAUGAAUUCGAACUAAACUUAAAUGAGAUGAUUAAUACAUUUAUUGAAAAUGUUGAGGAACAUUUUACAGAAUGUCGUGAAUUACAGACUCAAUUUCACGAAAGGUUGACAGACAUAUGCCCAAGUGUUUUAGAACGAUUUAUGCGGAAUGACUUCCAAAGUGAACCAUCAGAUGCUCUCAUCGCUAUUUUUAUUGAUAAAGAAAGUGUCACGAAUGCACUAAGCGCCAGUAACGAUGCGCAUUUACUUAAAAUUGAUGAGUUCGCUGAUGGAAUUAAUGAAAAAGCUAAAAAAUGGAUUAAGGAAAUAAUUGCUUCCAUAUAUUCCGAUGAAAAAUAUAAUCGAAACAGAGCAAGAGUAAUGGAAAUAAAUCAUUUCAUCGAUGCAUUACGAAAUGACAUUGAGAAUUUAGACAUACCUGCAUUAGGUGAAACAUGAAUGCCUAAAAUAUAUUUAUAUUUUUUGGGUAAAUAUUUGUGCAGUUGUUCUCUUGUAUAUUUUGUUCUAAAAUUAACUAGCUA